CCAUGACGGGGCUGUCUUCAACAACGUUCGCAGCGAGAGUUUAAAUACAGACGUCCACGUAAAUUCCAGUCACUGAUUUACUUCGGUACGACAUCUUAAUUCUUUAAUCAUGAGUGGACGCGGCAAAGGAGGAAAAGGACUCGGUAAAGGAGGCGCUAAACGUCACCGCAAAGUUCUCCGUGAUAACAUCCAGGGAAUCACCAAGCCCGCCAUUCGCCGUCUGGCUCGCCGCGGAGGAGUCAAGCGUAUCUCCGGCCUCAUCUACGAGGAGACUCGCGGUGUGCUCAAAGUGUUCCUGGAGAACGUCAUCCGUGACGCCGUCACUUACACCGAGCAUGCCAAGAGGAAGACUGUCACCGCCAUGGACGUGGUCUACGCUCUUAAGAGGCAGGGCCGCACCCUGUACGGCUUCGGCGGUUAAACUCUGGAACCUGAACGCAACACGACACUGAAACACAACGGCUCUUUUAAGAGCCACACACUUUCUCUAAGAGCUCGUUUUCCCCGACGAAAUGUAUUUAUUGAUGUUAAAAUCAUUAUAGAAUACUCAUUGUAGGCAAACCUAUCUUAACUAUCUGUUAAAUAUUAAUGAUUUCUAUAAUUAAGAGACGGGACAACCUCACUCAAAUGUUUACUGGUGUGAAACUGAACCAAUUUAAAAUGCCAUUCUACCAUAAUAUUUAAGCUACCCAAACCUGUUGUGUCUGAGGGAACCAAAUCUGUCACCCAUUACACCAUCUCUAAGUAAACUGUUCACGCCACUAUUUAAA